AUGCAGAGAAACUACGUGAUAGCGAUCAUUGUGAUCGUGCUGUUCGUGCUGCUGGCGCUGGUGGGCUAUGCAAUCUACGCCAUCCAAAACCGGGUGAGCCUGUUCGCGAAGAGGGAGAAGGACCUAGAAGAGGCGGAGGAAGAAGAAGAGUGA